UAUAAAAUCAGAGAAGAUUAGUCCAUGUGCACAGUUAGGAAAUCUGUCCAGAUAGAUUUCAAUGAUGGCUAUGAAGAUUCUCGUUCUCUUAUCUCUAGCGAUGGUGGCGCUCACACAGCCUCUAGAAGUGUCUAAGGAUGAGCUUUCUCAGUGGGAGUUGUUCAAGGUACAAUACAAUAAGGAUUAUGUAUCCGAAGAAGAAGAAAUGCGAAAGAGUAUUUUCUUGAAUAAUCUACGAUUUGUCCGGGAACACAAUGCCAAGUACGAGAGAGGAGAGGAAACAUAUGAAGUAGAAAUCAACGUUUUUGCUGAUAUGACUCCUGACGAAAUUCUCUCAAGGAAAGGCUAUCGACGACCAGAGGGAGAGCCGCGCGGUGGGGAGCCCUUCCAGGAGACGACAGGAGUCAAGUUGGCUAAGACUGUGGACUGGAGGAAGAAGGGAGCAGUAACUGGAGUCAAAGAUCAAGGCCAAUGUGGCUCGUGCUGGGCCUUUAGUGCGACUGGCAGUCUAGAGGGUCAGCAUUUUCUUAAAACCAAGAAAUUGGUAUCACUGAGUGAACAGAACCUGGUUGACUGCUCCAAGGAUGAGGGGAACUACGGUUGUAAUGGCGGAUGGCCGGAGAAGUCUUUUAGCUACGUCAAGAUCAACAAGGGCAUUGACACUGAGGCAUCGUAUCCUUAUGAAGGCGAGGACGGUGACUGCCGUUACAAAUCCGAGAACAAAGGCGCCACAGACGUAGGCUAUGUGAGCCUCCCGAAGGGCAACGAGAAGAGCCUCCAAAAUGCUGUAGCCACGAUUGGUCCUGUCUCUGUCUGCAUCGAUGCAAGCCUCUAUUCCUUCUCACUAUACAAGCGAGGAGUUUACCGCCCGAAGGGAUGCUCGACCGAAGUUCUAGACCAUUGUGUCUUGGCUGUGGGAUACGGCAAGGCCAAGAAAGGAGGCGAUUACUGGCUAAUCAAGAACUCCUGGGGAACGAGUUGGGGAAUGGAAGGCUACAUGUGGAUGGCCAGGAAUCACAACAACAUGUGUGGAAUUGCUACUGAAGCAAGCUACCCACUUGUGAAAUAAUUUACUCUGUAUUGACAAACAUCACUCUAAGAAAUAAAAUUCAAUAAAAAUGA